AUGGAAGACUUACAACAACAACAACAACAGCAAGAAGAAGAAGAAGAAGAAGAGGAGCAGCAGCAGCAGCAAGAGACGUCUGAACAGCAACAACAAGCGACUGCUUCAAUUUUGUCAUCAAAUGGCGUGUUUGUAGAUGUUGAGAGACAGAUGAAAUCGUGGAAAGAACGAUGUGAUUCAAUGGAAAAGAUACUGGCUAAAAACAAGGUCAAGAUGCAGGAAAUGAAGGAAACAGAGAAUAAGCUCAAGCGUCUGCUAACGAUGGCAAAGCGUAGUAUUGACAACAGCAAGCAGGAGUUGGUGGAAAAAGAUAAAGCCAUUCAGAAACUGCAGAUGGAGCUAGCCAAGAGUCAACAGGCGAAACAUUCGUGGUACGUCGAUGAGUCCACUCCAGAUCCAAGGAAGCUGUUGUACAAGGUGGCUCAAGGAAAUUCGAUUUGGUGCCUUGUUGAGUACGCAAAUGAUUGCGAGUUGGACGACUCGAAGGAAUUUGCGUGGCAUUGCUUCAAAAGUGAAAAGGAAAUUCAGGCUUACGCUAACCGCGUGUCGGGAGAACCUUUGGUACUACCAGACUUUUCGAUGACGCCGUUUGAGGUGGAACGUGUGAAAAAGAGCCUGAAGGAAGAGAUUAAUCGCGUCCAGGAGGAGUUUCGUCGUUAUCGCGUUCGGUCUGAGAUCACGCGGAAGCAAAAGGACGCGGACAUUCGAAAGAUAAGUGCCAAUGUGAUAGCAAAGCAGACAGAGCAAAUUUCCGAGGUUGAUAUUGCAGGAGAACUGCAGUCAUCAAAGGCUCAGGUCCGUCGACUCACGAAAGCUCAAGCGGAAGCCGAAGAGCGGGAGUUAAUUUUGCGACGAAAAUUUGAGAAGCUGAUGAAGGAUUACGAGAAACUUAGUGGUACGAUGGGUGAGACGGUUCUUGCGAUGGAAUGGAGGGAGAGAUACGAGCAAUCUGCUCGUGAGAAGCAAGAGCUAGAGAAAAGGCUGGAGGAGCUGAAGUUAAUGAUGAAUGGUGCGUUUGACAAGAGUCACGACAGAGGCAAUGGUGACCUGCAGUCACUGCGACAGGAGUUUGCACAGUACCGGAAGAGUGCACUGAAUGCUGUGGAGCAGAAAGAGAAGCAGUUGAACGAUAUUCAGGAGCAGUACCACGUCAAUGGCGGUGGCAGCAUUGUCAGCCGUGCCAAUAGUUCCAUGGAAAUUGGUGCUCGUCGUAUGAGCGUGGAGUCUAAUAGCAGCCUGUUGGGUUUUGACACUCCCAACUCAACAAGGACGAACGAGUAUUUGAAGAAUAUCGUGUACAAGUACAUGUCCUCGGACCAAGACGAGGCCAAAGAGCACAUGGAGAAAGCCAUCGCCACCGUUCUUAACUUUACGCCAGCAGAAGUUGCUUCCAUUCAGGAGAAACGCAAACAACAUGGCUGGUUUUGGUAA